GAAUCAUUUUAACAUAAAAGCUUGAAACGAAAAGACUAGCAGUUGGCUGAAAAACAUUCGAACCGAAGAACCUCCAGUAAAGAGUGGUUGUUGCUUCAGUGCUAAUUCUGACUUCUGUCGACACACAAAACUAGUUGGUUUUUCUUUUUCUAAACUGUUUUGACAAUAUUUUUCGCUGAUUUUUCUUUCGGUUGCACACAAACGCCACUGAAAUUUUUAAUCAACAAAUUUUUGUUUCAAAAUCCAAGUGAAAUUUGUUGUAAAUUUUAUAAAUUCUCUAAAAUCGAAACUAAACCGGUUUCCUUUUAGUUUUGGUGCCACUAAUGAACAGUGCAUAAAUAGACCGACCAAUUAGUUUUCAUUUAGUUACAAAAAAAAAAAACAAGAAAGAAAUUUGAAAAACGCGGCAAUAAAUUUUGCACAGUUUUUUUUUCUGUUCAAUUCUAAAUUCAUUCAUUUCGAAAAAGAAAUACUUGAAGAAAAAAAAAUCAAGAGCCAAAAUGUUGAAAAUACUUGGACUGUGCAUUUCGUGUUUAGUGCUUGGAAUUACCGUUGGACUACCGACCAAGGAUAUUGAUGAAUUAAUUUACCGCCUGGAAGAAUUGAAACAACAAAAUCAUUACGAUGAACCGUACGAUCGCUUCAAUUUUGCGCGGCCGAUAGUGUACAAAGGCAGUAUGCAGCGGGAGAGCAAUAACAAUAUCAACAAUGGUGGCUACAAUGUUGAUGAUGAUGUGGUGCUACGCAAUUUGGAUGGAUUCGAACGCACACUGGCCAAUGCAUAUCAAAUUUACAAUUUGGGCGAUGAAUUAAACCGAAAACGUUUGUAUCUGGAACGUCGAUUGAACAAUUUCAAUGCACACCAUCAUUUGCCACAGCAAGCCGGCGGCCAACCGCCAAAGGAUCAAGUACAAAGUGGAGGCGCAUUCACACAAGAAUCAGCGCUGAAUCAGCAUCAAUUGAAACGUGCCAUCGAUCCAAUCGGCGGUGCAAAUCUGCUCAAACGGGCCGUUGACCGAAUCGGUGGCGGUAACCUUUUGAAACGUAGAUAAAUGCGCUCAAUCAUCACCACCAACAACAAAACAUGCGCUACCUACGGGAGUUCGCAUUUAACCACCGAAUUUCUAAUUAACCAACAAUAACAAAACAACAUCAAACAAAAAUAUACAACAAAAAAGCAUUUUUCUUCUGAUAAUAAGGAAUAAAUUUAUUUUUCGACAUGUUCAGCAAUGAAAACCAAUAACAACAACAAAUUUAUGUACUGAUAAAUUGGAUAUCAAUGUCAGCCGGGACAGCUUGUGGUCGGGUUGGCGAAAAAAAAGAAAAUUUUAUCCGAAUUAUAUCGUUAUUCUUAUGAUGAGUUCCGUUAUAACAUUUUCAUUUUCUGUUCGUUCGUUUCUUCCCAGUAAAUUUAUUGAUCUUGGUGUUUCGGUGUACAUUAGAUUUUGAACAUUUACAUUCAUCUCUCAUCUCCUCUUCCCCCCUCCCCUCUUCCCAAAAACAAAACGGUGUAAUGUCUAUAUAACUAAACGGUUGGCUCAGUGCUGAUUUUCCAUUGUGUAAAACUCUGUCUGUCUUCCUCUUGCUCUCACUCUCAUAUCGAAUUUGGCCUAUUUGCGACGCGCUGGCUUGCGUGGCCCCAGAACAAAUUGACCAAUAAUUUAGAGAAAGAAAAAACUGUAAUUUUCACGACGACCGAAACAUGAGCUGGCUUAUUCGAGUCGGGGUGCAAUGGCUUUUUUGCACGUUUCUCUCUCUCUCUCUUGUUUUUAAAUCUGUAAUUUAAUCGAAGCGCAAAUAUUGUCCAUGGUUUUGAAGAACAAAUGCGAGAAAAAUGAAAUGUAACGACAACGAUUUGGGUCACGCAACACCAGUUCGGAUGCAAACAGGCAAAACAAUAUUGGCUCCACGCUCUCACAAACACAUAUAUAUUAUAUAUUCAUUCUACAGGCAAAUGCGAAGUCAAAUGCGCAUUUCAACGGAAAUACCACAAUGGAAAUUAUAUGUUAUUUUAGAAUAUUUACAUUUUAUUUCAAAGCUAACCAAUUUCAAUUCAAUUGUCAAACAACCAUCAAUUACAAAAAGAAGAAGAAUAAGAAGAAGGAGAAAAAACGUUCCCCGCUUUGGGAAUGAAGGGAAAACAGUGGUCAGACAUAUGCAUUUUAAUUGAUUUUAAACAUAAAAUGGUGACUAAUUAUUAAAAAAAAAUGAAGAAGAAUGAACAAACAAAACACAAAUCUAAUAAAAAUGCAAACCGAUUUUUAUGUUAAGGGAAUCAAUUCCAAGCAACAAGUGGAUUUCAAUCAUCAUUAUUAUAUGUCAUACAAUUUUAAACAAACAAAAUGCAGAAAAUAUAUAUUUAUUUGAAUAUUCCAAUCGAAA